CGGGCCUUUGGGGAUACCUGGUAUGAAUGGUUGUGACGGUCGGAAUUGGAUUCCACGUCCUGCUGGGCCACCAGGAACCCCUAGCCUCCCCGGCUCAUCUGGGCCAUGCAGCCAACCUGGAACCCCUGGCCCAACCGGAUCCAUUGACCCACCCGGUCCCAUGGGACCACCCGGUUCCGAAGGUCUACCCGGUCCUAAGGGUCCACCCGGUCCCGAGGGCCCACCUUGUCCCGAGGGCCAACCCGGAUCCAACGGGUCAGACGGCAGUGAUGGACUCCCUGGACCACCCAGAAACGCUGUCAGCCCGGAGCCAAUGAUCAUGAGAGAGUGCGACGUCGCGUCUACCGGCUACUCAGGCACCAGUUACCAUUACCAAUGGCGCCUGUCUGAACUACCGGGAUCACCCUUCAAGUUCUCCGUCAAGGCAAGGAACGAUGCCCACAUCGGCCUGUCGCACCGCAACGGUGACUCUGACCCCAUGUACGAAAUCCUCAUCGGCGGAUCGCGUAAUACCUGGUCAGCCAUCCGCCGAAGGAAGCAAGGGAAGCACGAGGUGCUAGUGAAAACGCCAAACAUCCUCUCGGCAUCAUCGUACAGAAACUUCUGGAUUUCUUGGAAUUCACUGGGAACUAUUUCCGUUGGGAAGGAAGGCCAACCUGCGUUCAUGCGGUGGAGAGACCCAGACUUCCUGCCGAUCCGCUACGCUGGAUUCACCACGGGAUGGAAGAGCACUGGGAAUUGGAAGUUCUGCGACUACAACGAAUGUGACGAUAACAACGGAGCCUGCCUACACAACUGUGUGAACACCCGGGGUAGUUACCGAUGUACCUGUCGGCCCGGAUACCAAUUGGCUUGGUCAAAAUACUGCAUCAGUGAGAAGCAUGCAGAAAACUUCAAAGAAGAUACUUAGACUGUUCAAUCUUUGAACGCAAUUCACUCCAAAUAGUUGACUUGAGGAAUACUUCCAGUAUCCUA